AUGGUUUUGCUGGCUCUGGCCGUUGCUGUCCCGUUACUGCUGCUCCGCACCUCUGAAACCUCCGCCCGUUACUACGAGAUGAUGGGCACCUGUCGAAUGGUGUGCGACCCGUACAGCCCCAAACCGGGAGAUGCCACCGCCAUGGAGGUGAUCCAGAACGUGAACGGUGUCGCUUCGCAGCCGCCAAUGGCGCAGGGGAGUCGCGGAGAACCAGGGCGACCGGGUAAGCCGGGAUCCAGGGGCCCGCCGGGAGAACCAGGACCCCCGGGUCCGAGGGGGCCGCCGGGAGAGCGCGGCGACAGCAAACUCUCCUUCCCCGCGUUAACUGGGGCUGCGGGGGCUGAGAACAGAGAAACAGACAGUAUGAACUCCACGACCAACAGUUUCAGGAUCGCCUUUUACGUCGGUCUCAAGAAUCCACAUGAGGGAUAUGAGGUGUUAAGGUUUGACGACGUGAUUACAAACUUGGGUAACCACUACGAUCCGAGCACCGGGAAGUUCACCUGCCAUGUGUCCGGGAUCUAUUUCUUCACCUACCAUGUGCUGAUGCGGGGAGGAGACGGCACCAGCAUGUGGGCCGACCUGUGCAAAAAUGGACAGGUUCGGGCCAGUGCCAUAGCUCAGGAUGCAGACCAGAACUACGACUACGCCAGCAACAGUGCUGUGCUGCACUUGGACUCUGGAGAUGAGGUCUAUGUCAAACUGGACGGGGGCAAAGCUCACGGAGGCAACAACAACAAGUACAGCACCUUCUCCGGCUUUAUCUUGUACCCUUACUAAACACACCACAGCAUGUCCAUGGACAGUAAUCAUCACUGAAAAUCGUUUGCAGUAAAGUAU